AUAUCAUUCGUCAACUGUUCCGCGUUACAACAACAAGUUCAGUUUCUGAAUUUUGUUUCUUCAUUCCUAAAAGAGAGAAAUAUAAUUUUUUUGCAUUAACAAAAAUGGAAAGGUGGGCCGGAAAAGUUGCCGUUAUUACUGGAGCUUCGUGUGGAAUGGGAAAACUCCUUUGCGAAGAGCUCGUUAAAGCAGGAAUGAUUGUUAUCGGGCUAGGGAGAGAUACGAAAACCAUUCAAAAACAUGCAGAUGAGUUGAAAAAGGAAAAGGGUAAACUCAUUCCAAAGGCAGUUGACUUUUGUCCCUUGAAAAAUGAUGGAAGUCUUUAUCCCGACGCAAAAAAAUAUAACCAUCAAGAUAUUAAGGAGGUAUUCGAGUUUAUUGAUAAAACAUACGGAGCUGUUCAUAUUCUAUGCAAUAUGGCUAGCCAAGGAACUUCGCCUUGUCUAUUGGAAGAUGAAAUUGGAAUGUGGAAAUAUACAGUUGAGAUAAAUAUCAUUGGUCCUGCCGUUUUGUGUAAAUACGCCAUAGCUAAUAUGAGAAAGCAUAAUGUCAAAGGACACAUUAUCAACGUCGGAGGAACGGCCAGCUAUUAUACAUCCAUCUUUAUGGACUGUCACUUUUAUUCCGUUACGAAAUUUAUUUUAAGAGCUAUGGGAGAUGGACUUCGUAUGGAAUUCAGAGCUAACAACAUACCAAUUAGAGUAUCUCAUAUUGGACCUGGUCAUGUUUUGACUGGAGCUCAGGAUAGAGGAGAAUCGAAGACUUCUGAAGUCUACGAAGGAUUUUUGGAAUUUGCCAAAAUCUAUGGAAUGAAAAGAUCUACCUUCCCCAGAAGAUUACCAAUUGAUGCUACAGGUGAUAAAGUCUACACUAGCGGCCUCUUACCCGCUUUGCAAGCUCAAAAUGUUAUCGAUCAAAUUUUGGGUAUGAUUGCUGCCGACGAUGGCGCUGAGGUAAUGGACGUAAUAAUGAAGCCAACUGACAGAAAACACACUGUUCUUGAAACUGACUUGUACUGGAGACCGUGAAAAAACUAAGAGAAAGACUAUAAAUCGAGAAUUGAGUGGUUGUGGUCUUUAACACUCCUCUAAAUGCUUUUCUCUUAUAUUAUUUCAACUUUCUAAUAUCCAGUUGAAUAAAUAAAUGAGAAAUUAUGCAAUUGA